AUGCCAGAACGGUCGUCUAGAGGUGGACGACGAAAUUCUUUGAUUGGAGGGUUGAUGGCACGAAAAUAUGAAAAUAAGGCGAGGCCAGAGGUUAAUGCCGGACCAAACAGGUUCAGUAAUCGAGAACUAAUUCACGGAGUUGCCAGUUCGUUUUUGGAAGCGGCUUAUCAAAGGCUGCAGUCAAGUAAGGCUACUGAUAAGAUCACGAUUGAGGAUGACUACGAGAGCUACGCUCAAACAAGUGUUUCCGAAAACUCAGAAAGCUUUUGGAAGGAUGAGAAUUUCAGACAAGAAUACGAGUUUCCUAAUGGUCCUGAUGAAACGGGAAAUGAUCCGCUGGGUUUGAAGGUUAAGAACGGCGCAAAGGAUGAAAAGUUAAAAAACUCAACUCAGGAACAUUUUGUGGACAUUUUGCUGGACAAAAUGAUCUCCACGAUCUUGCCGGACAGUUUUCCUGAGCGUGAACAAUUCACGCAAAGAGUUAAAGAUCCUUUGCACAAAAAACGACAAACACUUUCUGCUACUAUUCUCGCUAAUAAUCUGAAGGUUCUGACUACAAAGCUUGGGGCCGUUUUUGAACUUCAAGACUCUGUCAUCCGUCUUAUUACGUGGCGAAAUCCGUCUGGAACGGUUACGAUGCUCAUACUCGUAAGCAUGAUAUGCUUCAAUCCAAUAUUUCUGGCAAUCAUACCGCUCUUAUACGUCCUGUAUGGGAUUAUGCUGCCAGGCUACAUGCAUCGCCAUCCACCACACAGAACAGCUUUUCUCUCCAGACGCACAUAUGGAAAAUCACUUUUAGUCUCUCUUGCAAGUGGCGGAAGGAAAGUCAGCUGGCAUCCCAGUGAUGAUGUUCAGGAAUACGAAUACAAUGUGGACGCAAAUCCAGAGGAGUAUCAGAGAGCGCAUCAUAUAAAACAGAGUAUGGAAUUUAUCGUCAAUCUGCGAGAUCUGCAAAAUAGCAUGUCCACAAUGGUUGCAUUGUCAAAAAGCAUGGAGAAGUUCGUGUUUGGAACUGCUGGUUUCAAAGACGAACACCGAUCAACAGCCCUAUUUCUAGCCGGACUGGGUACAUUGCUAAUCUUGUGGCUGAUUUCGCCACUCAUAAACUGGAGUAUCGCAUCCACAUUAAGUAUUUGGACACUAAUGAUAGCGAUUCACCCAAAAGUCAGAUCCAAACUUGCUCGAAUAAUAAAAGAGGAUCAAGUCAACAGGGGCAAAAAGGCACUAGAAAAAACAGAGCGCUACGAUAUCAUUUUAGAUGAAGCUCCGGACGUGAGAUUUAUCGAAAUCUUCGAAAUUCAUAAGCGCGGCGCAAUUCCCGAAGAUUGGUCGUUCCUCAAAUUCUCCAGUACUGUAUUUGAUGCUCAAGACAGUUUCAGGAAAGCUCAAACGCCUCCUCCCGGAGUAGACUUUUUGGAGGAGAUCAAACCGCCGAUUACGUGGGCUUUCGACAACAAUUCAAAUUGGGAAAUUGACUACAACGUUGAAGGAUGGUCCUGCGAUCGCGGAUUGGCGCUUGAAGUUGACAUUGAGGACGAAUAUUUGGUGGAUAGCUCAUUCAAGCGGCGCAGAUUGACUCGCAAAGUCUUGAGGUAUGCUAAUCCUGCACGGAAACCGUCAUAUAAAUGA